AUGACGGAGCUGUACAUCCUGUUCGAGUGCUCCGCGGGGUACUUCCUGCUGAGGGUAAAGGAAUGGGAGCAAAUAGGAAACGAAAAUUUGGAGAAAAAAAUACAAAAAGCAGAUUUAUUUCACGAGGUUGUACAGUUAUGUUCGUUUAUAUCCUUCGAAACAGCUGAAAGGGCACUAGAUAAUUUAAUCCAUAUUAAUGAAGGUAAGGCCACAGAUUUCCUCUUAACCUUUUUAGAGCAAAAUCUGCCCACUAAUAAAAGUGAGUAUGAAUUGGGGGUCGCAGAUAUCAACCUCGGAAAAUACCUUUCAAAUAUCGGCUUCAAUGUAGUUCAUAAUAAUAACAUAUUGGAGUUGUUAAGGGCAUGCAGACAAUUUUACCUUAAGAAAAUUGGUACCUAUGUAGACAACAGUGGUGAUAUAGAUAUAAAACAUUUCAAUAUUGGCUUGGGACAUAGCUACUCCAGGUCCAAGCUGAAGCUCGACCCAAGGAAGCAAGAUAAAUCAAUAAUUAACAGUAUUGGAACCAUUGAAUCGUUAGACAAGAACAUUAACCUUUUUAGCAUGAGGGUAAUCGAGUGGUACAGUUGGCAUUUCCCAGAAUUGAAGAAAAUAGUUACGGAUGUGUGCAUGUAUUGUAAGUUGGUGAACUUAAUAAAAAUUAAAGAAGAAUUCAACUUCGAUGACGAAACGGAAAGAGGAAAAAUCACCGAAAUUACCAACGAUGAACAGGUGACUGAGAAAAUUGUAAGGGUAGCUAACCUUUCCAUUGGACAAGAAUUAACACAGGAAGAUCUAAACAAUAUCAUUAAUUUUUCCAACGAAGUUAUUAACUUAUUUAAUACUAGGAACGUGUUAUGGGAGUACCUAGAUAAAAAGUUAAAUAUCGUUUCUCCAAACUUGAAGGAACUGUUAGGUAACACAUUAAGUGCUCGGUUGAUUAGCCAUGCGGGAUCUCUUGUCAAUUUAGCCAAAUGCCCUUCCAGCAGUAUUCAGAUUUUCGGAUCAGAGAAAGCCCUGUUCAACUCUCUUAAGGGGAAUAAGAAGACGCCUAAAUUUGGCAUCCUUUACAAUUCUUCUUACAUUUCAAAAACGCCUCUCCCCAUGAAGGGACGAAUGUCUAGGUACCUCUCCUGCAAGAGUGCCAUGGCGGCCAGAAUCGACUCCUUUUCGGACCACCCCACCAACUCAUACGGAGUAAUAUUUAAGAAGCAGCUGGAGCACAAAAUCCUCCACAUGGUCAAGGGGGUGAAGCUCUCCAAAAAUAUCGACUACAUGAACGAGGCCGAACAGAUUUACAAUCGAGAGAUCGGCGCCGUCCCGGAGGGGGAAGAGGACGACGACCAGGAGGGCAAGAAGAAGAAAAAGAAGAAAAAAAAGAAAAAAAAAAACAAGAAGAAUAAGGAGGGGGAAGGCGAGGAAGAUCAAGACGCAGCUGAGGAAGACCAACCCGCGGUCGAGGAGGACCAACCCGCGGUUGAGGAGGACCAAGACGCAGUUGAGGAGGACCAAGACGCAGUUGAGGAGGACCAAGACGCAGCUGAGGAAGACCAAGACGCAGCUGAGGAAGACCAACCCGUAGCUGAGGAAGACCAACCCGCAGUUGAGGAUGACCAACCCGCGGUCGAGGAAGACCAAAGCGACACCGACUCAGACAGCGACUGA